UUGACACUCAUAAAGGAAGCAAUACGUUUCAACGUGCGUAGUAUUGAAGCAGUCUUCAAGUUCACUGCAUGCAUGCCUUUUCGGAAUGUGAUGCGGAUAUUGAUUCAUAUAUUUUAGAGGAGUAUUAUUCUAUCAAAAAGCUAAUCUCACUGUGUGGACCUAAAAUGGGGAUCCGUGACGCCACACUCCUCGUCAUCUGCUGGUACUCCCUCGUCGUCUCGCUCUGCAUGCUCUACGUCCUCCACACCCACUCCGACACCAUCGGGACCAACAGGGUCUCAAACCAUGUAGCCAAGGCGCGCUCCGAUAACUCCGAUCCACAGGACCAAUUUGGCUGGAUGCGGGUGGCCUUCGUUAACGCCAACACGAAGCCGGUGAUGGCGACGACGACGAUCGAACCAGAGGUCAUCAUCGCAACGGCGAACACGACGGAUGAUACGCCGAAGGGACAUCCAGGGUACACGCUGUUGGAUAAAGACACGCCGCUCGACCUCCGUUGCAACCGGUGCUCACUUGUAUCAAGCUCGGGCCAGCUCCUCAACAGCGGCGCCGGAGCCGACAUCGACAACGCCGACUGCGUCCUUCGGAUGAACAGCGCCACGGUCAGGGGCUACGAGGAGGACGUCGGCCUCCACACCGACGUCCGGGUCAUAGGCCACGUGAAUCUAGCGAGGGGGUUGAUGACGAGCCAGGAGUUAAUCGACGAGAUCCUGGGCGAACCUGCGACUAGGACCGGCAUCGUGGUCGUCCCCUGGCUCUACCAGGAGAAGAUCAACAAGACAAACAAUGCGGUCUACCAGGCGGCCAGGAACAUGACGGCCAUGUACCCGCACGUCAAGUUCUAUUUCUUGACUCCAGAGAAAAUCAAUAAAACCGAGGACAGGUUUCUUAUCGAGACAGGUGUCAGCUUAACUGAUGCCAAGACAUGGCUAAGUACUGGUUUCGUUGCCAUGUUAUUCGCCCUGGAUGUCUGCAACAGGAUAGACGUGUACGGUCUGUCAAAUGUCGAGUAUUGCUCGAGGCACCCAAACUCCUCUUCUUCAUAUCACUACUACGAACCAGGGGUUCGAAGAGAGUGUGAAUACUACCAAUGGAGCGAGACGCAGAUGAACAAAGGACACAAAUUCAUGACGGAGAAGGCCGUCUUUGCCCGCUGGUCGCUCGGCUACAACAUCCACUUCCACUACCCCUCCUGGCGAGCCACUAUCCGAAACGUCACCGCCGAACUGGAAACACCAUUCCUGCAACUCUACAAAGAAGCCCUGAAGAACGGCACACUGGAACAGAUACGCAAGGCAGCGCCGCACGUACGAGUCGUACGGCGCGUCAAAGUCAUACGGCGACGCGUACGGAAACCGCGUCCGAAAGUCGCCGUGGCGCCGCUGAAGCUGAACGAAAGUAAACCGUUGCAAGACGCCGACGUUGUCAUCAAACUUUCAGGCAGCCACGACGAGACCAAUAAAACUAAAGCUGUCAUUCAUGCAGAUAGUCUCGAUGCGAAGAAUUCUGUUGUAAAUAAUAAUAAGAAACUUGAAGAUGGGAAUGGAACGAAAAAACAAAAAACAAAAAAGAAAGACGCUGUACAUCAUGAAAAGGUGAAGAAAAACACGCGGCAACUAACUGCAAGAGAAAUGCCAAUUGUUGGUCGGCUGCCUCAUAAAAAGCUUAAAACAUAGCGCUAAACAAAUGGAACAUUUCGACGUUAUUUUACAUUGCUCACACGUGGAUGUCCUGUCAGCUGGAUUCUGCUUUCUGCUGGUUUGAAGAAUGUUAUUUAUUUUCUGAUGAUUAUGAUUCAAAGGAAAAUGAAAACAUACCAUAUUGCCUUAAUGAUCAUUCAAGCCUCAUCGUGCCCACACCGUCGCAUAUUUAUUUCCUCGUGUCAAAUUUGAUUGACGCAAGACGCUGGAGAGAGAAACACUCGAAAAAUAAUCUUAAUAUAAUUUAUUUACCAUUAGACAUUUAUAUUUAUGAUGAAGCGUUUGGACUUCAGAGGGAAUUUGAUAAGGCCCUAAUCAUCAAAAUCGUUUCGCCUCCUUGUGGAAUGCUGGAGAAUUCGACCAUCCAAUCCCAAUGGUUGAUUUCUGUUCUAUUACAUUGACGUCUUCAAAAUGUCUUCAUCCGCGGCCAUAAUACCCAUUGGUAUAGAUGGCACAGCGGGUUCUAUUGUGAAGAGAUAGAGAGAGGGAGAGAGAGAGAGAAAGAGAAAGAGAAAGAGAGAGCGAGGGGGGAAGAG